AUGGGAGACCCUCAUGGUGAACUGUUAACCGAAGAGAUUCUGAAAGGAAGGAAGGGGGGCUGGAUAUAGGUGGGGGGGAAUCUUGUAAAAUGGUGCUUCUUUUUUCUUAAAUUAGAGCCAUGAAACUGAACUGACAGCCAUUUUAUAUAUAUUUAUGGGUUAGUUUUGAAAGGGGAGGAGGGUAGGGAAGAAGACUAAAAUGGGACUUUAUCUAACCUGCCCUUACCUUGUAAAAAACAACAUGUUUUACUCAUUAGGAGGUGAAAUCAACCUUUAAAUCAAAGUGAAUAUCAGAUUUUAAUGAAGUCUGGAGUAUGUGGAUAUUCCACCAAGAGGGGAGGAGGAUUGUCAUGCAUACUCCCUCCUCCUGGAUUUCAGAGAAACACUGUUAGGGAAGAGAGAGAGAGAGAGAGAGACUUUCUGACUGAUCUCUUAAAAUCUUGGUCAUGUUCUGUUGUUUCCUUCUCUCCUCUCUCCUUUGCAGGAGGUAAAAUGCACGCUUGUUGCCCCCCAGUAACUUUGGAACAAGACCUUCACAGAAAGAUGCAUAGCUGGAUGCUGCAGACUCUAGCCUUUGCUGUAACAUCUCUCCUCCUUUCGUGUGCAGAAACCAUCGAUUACUAUGGGGAAAUCUGUGACAAUGCAUGUCCUUGUGAGGAAAAGGAUGGCAUUUUAACUGUGAGCUGUGAAAAUCGAGGAAUCAUCAGCCUCUCUGAAAUUAGUCCUCCCCGUUUCCCAGUCUACCACCUCUUGUUGUCUGGAAACCUCUUGAACCGUCUUUAUCCCAAUGAGUUUGUCAAUUACACUGGGGCUUCAAUUUUGCAUCUGGGUAGCAAUGUCAUCCAGGAUAUCGAGACUGGGGCUUUCCAUGGGUUGCGGGGUUUGAGGAGACUGCAUCUGAACAAUAAUAAACUGGAACUUCUGCGUGAUGACACUUUCCUUGGCUUGGAGAACCUGGAGUACCUACAGGUCGAUUACAACUACAUAAGCGUCAUUGAACCCAAUGCUUUUGGGAAACUGCAUUUGUUGCAGGUGCUUAUCCUCAAUGACAAUCUCUUGUCCAGUUUACCCAACAACCUUUUCCGUUUUGUGCCCUUAACGCACUUGGACCUGCGGGGGAACCGGCUGAAACUUCUGCCCUAUGUGGGGCUCUUACAGCACAUGGAUAAAGUUGUGGAGUUACAGCUAGAGGAAAACCCCUGGAAUUGCUCCUGUGAGCUCAUCUCUCUCAAGGAUUGGUUGGACAGCAUCUCCUACUCGGCCCUAGUGGGGGAUGUGGUUUGUGAGACGCCCUUCCGCUUACAUGGCCGGGACUUGGACGAGGUGUCCAAACAGGAGCUUUGCCCAAGGAAACUCAUUUCGGACUAUGAGAUGAGGCCACAGACGCCUUUGAGCACCACGGGGUAUUUACACACCACCCCUGCUUCGGUGAACUCCGUGGCCACGUCGUCUUCUGCUGUUUACAAACCCCCCUUGAAGCCUCCUAAGGGGACCCGCCAACCCAACAAGCCCAGGGUGCGCCCCACCUCUCGGCAGCCCUCCAAGGACUUGGGUUACAGCAACUACGGCCCCAGCAUUGCCUACCAGACCAAAUCCCCGGUGCCUUUGGAGUGUCCCACCGCGUGCACUUGCAACCUGCAGAUCUCUGAUCUGGGCCUCAACGUCAACUGCCAGGAGCGCAAGAUCGAGAGCAUUGCUGAGCUGCAGCCCAAGCCCUACAACCCCAAGAAAAUGUAUCUGACCGAGAACUACAUCGCCGCAGUGCGCAGGACCGACUUCCUGGAGGCCACGGGGCUGGACCUCCUGCACCUGGGCAACAACCGCAUCUCCUUGAUCCAGGACCGCGCCUUCGGUGAUCUCACUAACUUGAGGCGCCUGUACCUGAACGGCAACAGGAUCGAGAGGCUGAGCCCGGAGCUGUUCUAUGGCCUGCAGAGCCUGCAGUAUCUCUUCCUCCAGUACAAUCUCAUACGCGAGAUUCAGUCUGGGACUUUUGACCCAGUGCCGAACCUCCAGCUGCUAUUCCUGAAUAACAACCUCCUGCAGGCCAUGCCCUCAGGCGUCUUCUCUGGCCUGACCCUCCUCAGGCUCAACCUGAGAAGCAACCACUUCACCUCCUUGCCAGUUAGUGGAAUUCUGGACCAGCUGAAGUCGCUCAUCCAAAUCGACUUGCAUGACAACCCUUGGGAUUGUACCUGCGACGUGGUGGGCAUGAAGCUGUGGGUGGAGCAGCUCAAGGUGGGCGUCCUGGUGGAUGAGGUGAUCUGCAAGGCGCCCAAAAAGUUCGCCGAGACCGACAUGCGCUCCAUUAAAUCGGAGUUGCUGUGUCCAGACUACUCGGAUGUGGUGGUUUCCACGCCCACGCCCUCCUCCAUCCAGGUCCCCGCGAGGACCAGCGUGGUGACCCCCGCCGUCCGGCUAAACAGCACCGGGGGCCCCGCGGGCUUGGGCGCAGGCGGAGGUGCGUCGUCGGUUCCCCUGUCCGUGUUGAUCCUCAGCCUGCUGCUGGUCUUCAUCAUGUCCGUCUUUGUGGCCGCCGGGCUCUUCGUGCUGGUCAUGAAGCGCAGGAAGAAGAACCAGAGCGACCCCACCAGCACCAACAACUCGGACGUGAGCUCCUUCAACAUGCAGUACAGCGUGUACAGCGGCGGCGGCAGCGCGGGCGGCCACCCGCACGCGCACGUGCACCAUCGGGGGCCCGCGCUCCCCAAGGUGAAGACGCCCGCGGGCCACGUGUACGAGUACAUCCCCCACCCGCUGGGCCACAUGUGCAAAAACCCCAUCUACCGCUCCCGAGAGGGCAACUCCGUGGAGGAUUACAAAGACCUGCACGAGCUCAAGGUCAGCUACAGCAGCGACCACCACCUGCAGCAGCAGCCGCCGGCGCAGCCACAACAGCCCCCGCAGCAGGCCUCGCAGCCGCCCCCACCGGCCCUGCAGCUGCAGCCCGGAGAGGAGGAGAGGCGGGAAGGCCACCACUUGCGGAGCCCCGCCUACAGCGUCAGCACCAUCGAGCCCCGGGAGGACCUGCUGUCGCCGGUGCAGGACGCCGACCGCUUUUACAGGGGUAUUUUAGAACCAGACAAACACUGCUCCUCAACCCCCGCCGGCAAUAGCCUCCCGGAAUAUCCCAAAUUCCCGUGCAGCCCAGCUGCUUACACUUUCUCCCCGAAUUAUGACUUGAGGCGCCCCCAUCAGUAUUUGCACCCGGGGGCUGGGGACAGCAGGCUGCGGGAACCGGUGCUCUACAGCCCCCCCAGUGCUGUCUUUGUAGAACCCAACCGGAACGAGUAUCUGGAGUUAAAAGCAAAACUAAACGUUGAGCCGGACUACCUCGAAGUGCUGGAAAAACAGACCACAUUUAGUCAAUUCUAA